CUUGUCGACGGUGCCUCCAGUUCUACCUCGGCUACCUGCCGACAAUAUUAAAGAAUUAGAGGCUGCCGUGUGGGAUGAGGCAGUGGCUGCCACCUUGCGCAAGCACCUCCUGCAAAUAGGAGGGAAGUCACUGCGCGAGGUGGCAUCGUAUGCCAUGAAGGCUGUAAUGGCGCACCCCGUCCAAGUGCUUUACAGCCUUCAUAGCAGGAAGGGGAAGAGGGCAUUCAUCAAUUUGAAGUUAUGCCGGAUAGUCACAGAUGUCAUCUGUGCGAAACGGGGGGGGGGGGGCAACCUGACACAAGCGCAGGACUUCAUUAAGUGGUUGCCAGGGUCUGUAGACAGCGGUGGUGGCAGGAAGAGGCGUUUCACAGAAACGUUUGCAGCAGAGCAGCCCGAUGAUCCCUCCCUUCGGGGCAGGAAUCAUUGCCUGCCCACUGCUGCCCUCUCCCUGCCCCACCCUUGCCCUCAGGUCCCUGGCAAGUCCACCGUCGGCCCCUCCUGUCCGGCUGCUGCGGCCCCUGAUCCUUCCCCUGCUGCAGCCCCUGCCGCCCCUGCCCCUCCUCCUGCUGCUGCCCCUGGAGCUGAGCACCCCUACUGAUGCCUGCAUCAGUUCAAGAAUUGUAUUGUAAAUAGUACUGUAAAUAGUAUACUAAAUAAAUUAUAUUUUUGUUUACGCUUUGCGUGUGUCUGCAGGAAGUUUCCUUCCCGCACUUAUUUCCAUCACAUUUUCUUCGCUACUAAUUGUAUAGGCAGUAAGCUAGCAUACAAGCAACAGAAUGGCUGAGUACAGGCUAUGCUUGAAACACACUGGAUGCAAAAUGGCUGAGCACCGGAUAUUCUUGAAACUCAUUGGAUACAAAAUGGCUAAGCACU